GCCGGCGACACGGUCGGCCUGCUCUGUCCGAACGCGGCCGAUGAGGUGGCCGCCGCGCUCGACCUGUUGGGCGCGGAGAGCCGCGCCGACCGGCCCUGCCGCCUCUCACUGCUGCCUGGCACCACGAAGAAAGCGGCGCGCGUACCGCCCCACCUGCCGGAGCACGCCUCGCUUCGCCACCUGCUGACGCACUGCGUGGACCUGCGCGCCGUGCCCAAGAAGCCUCUGCUGCAGGCGCUGGUCGGUCACGCGGCCGACCAGCGCGAGCGGCGCCGGCUGCGCGAGCUAAGUAGCCGCCAGGGCGGCGGUGAGUACCUAGAGCUAGUACGUGGCGCCGGCCUGGGCGCCCUGCAGCUGCUGCAGGCGUUCCCGUCGUGCCGGCCGCCACCGGAGCUGCUGCUGGAGCAGCUGCCGCCGCUGGCGCCGCGACCCUACUCGGCGGCCAGUUCGGCGCUGCUGCGGCCCGGACGGCUGCGCCUGGUGUUUUCGGUGGUGGCGGCGCCGCGGCGUGGUCUCUGCACCGGCUGGCUGGACGCGCGCCUGCCGGAGCGCGACGACGCGCCGCUGGUGAUGGUGGCCGCGGGCACUGGGCUGGCGCCGCUGGCCGGCUUCCUGGAGGAGCGGCGCGCCCGUGGGCAGCGCGCGCCCGCCUGGCUGGUGUUCGGCUGUCGGCACCCGGAGCUCGACUUCCUGCUGCGCGACGAGCUGGAGGCGGCGCUUCGCGAUGGCUUCCUCUCGCGACUGGACACUGUCUUCUCGCGCACCGGCGACCGGCAGCGCUACGUGCAGCACGUGCUGGCGGAGGAGCAGGCGCGCCUGGCCCGCUGGCUGGUUGACGACGGCGCCGUCAUGUACGUGUGUGGCGACGCCAAGGGCAUGGCAGUGGCGGUGCUGGACGAAGUGGUACAGGCCGUGGCGAAAGCUAAGGAGGUUCCUGUAUCUGAGGCAAAGAAGCAGGUGCAACAAAUGCAGAAGGACGGGCAGUACAGAUUAGAUGUUUGGUCUUGAUAAUGUUCCCACCGGUAGCCCGGAUGGCAAGCUGUGUGGCUCGGAUUAUGGCUUAAUCUGAACAUAAUGUGUGACUGCCGUAAGCUGGCUCGCAAAUGCCUUACAAUUUCCCGUAAGUUUUGUGGACCAUCCAGCCAAGGACCGUCCAGCUUUGACAUGACAUUGAAUCACAAUGUCAACAUCGAUUCCGAAAUACAAAUCAUGAAUGCGGCAAAUGUUUAUAUUCUUAAGAAUGCUCUUUUCUGUCGUCAUUGACAGGGUAUACAAUAAUUCCAUGAAAGAAUUAAUGAUCUGGGAAAUUAGAUUGCAUGACCUAGAAGCGGCGGAAGUACUACCCCGAAAAUUCGCCUACGGGAUUUGACUCCGUUUUCUCAAAUUUUUUUGGCUGGGACCAUGUUCUUGGAGGGGCGCGGAAGCUUCCUUCCCCUUUCCC